CUUUAGUCAGCUAAAAUAAAGCUGGCAUAAUAAAGAAAGAGACGAAAAAGGAUUGAGAGAAUAAUAAUAGCAUGGUAACGCAGUAGUAAACUAUAACAGCAAAAUCUAAGAUAGGAAGCUGUAUUCUGUCCGAAAAAGACUUCCAUACAUGUUAAACUGGGAGCGAUAAAUUUUAACAAAGGUGUCGUUUAUUUACUGAAAGCAUCCUUCUGGAAACAUCUGUCCUCCAGGCUGCCCCCCACCCCUGCAUCGCUUUUCCUGGACGGAUGGCAUACCUUGUCGGAUGCUGUGGGAAAGACCGCGCCCCCUUCACGACCCUGCUGGUUCGUCGGAUCCCGUCACGCGUCGUGCAAUUGUGGACAUAAUACGGGGAUGGAGUAGAGGGAAGUAUGGGUCCAAGUGAAGAAAAAACGGUCGACAUUUAUCGUGACACAUGGGUCCGCUUUUUAGGCUAUGCCAAUGAAGUUGGGGAGGCUUUCCGUGCUCUGGUGCCAGUGAGCUUUGUUUGGGGUAGCUAUGCUGUGGCCACUGCUUAUGUUACCGCAGAUGCAGUGGACAAAGGCAAAAAAGCAGCUGUGGCCCACGGAGACAAUCCAGGGAAGACGACACGAGUGGCCGUAGCGGUCGUGGACACGUUUGUGUGGCAGGCCCUGGCCUCUGUAAUGAUCCCGGGCUUCACUAUUAACCGGGUGUGCGCAGCGUCCCUGUAUCUGCUGGGCAAGUCCACCAAGUGGCCUCUGCCUGUUCGCAAGUGGACCACCACAGCUAUUGGGCUCUCCACCAUCCCCUUCAUCAUCACUCCGAUAGACAGGUCAGUGGAUUUCCUGCUGGACUCGAGCCUUAGGAAGGUCUACAAUGAUGGAAAGAAGCACGAAUAAAGAGGAUCACGCAGACUGGAAGCACACCAGUCUGCAAACUUGCACCAAUUAUGCAGACACUCUGGAACGCAGCCAUUUCAUGGUGCAAGACUCGCUUAGUGAUAUAAUGGUAAUACCAUAAUUUUUAUGGUAAAAACUAUGGUAUUACCAUAGCUGGAUAUUUAUGUACAAGGUUAGGUGAUUUAAAGGGAAAUCCUGCUCCAAAGUAGGCUCAGUUUUAACCUCAGGGCAGUGUGGGUUAUAUUACCAAAAUAAAUCUUAAUGAGAAUGUAGUAAUAUAGAAAUGAUACAACAUCUUCACUUUACCUGCUUGUUUAGGUUAGGUAUAGUAAAUUCCUAGAAGACAAAGAAAACUACAAAUGUUGCCAUCUUUCAAAAGAGAACUGAAUCUUUUUUUUCUCUGGCUUGUGAAACAGUACUUAAUAUCUAAACAUCAAGGUGCAUUUGUAUUAGUGAACUCUUGGUGUGCUAUAAUUAGCCAUAUUCAAUGGCACUGUAGUAUAAUGGCAGGUCAAUGAGCCAGGUCACUGUCAAAGGUUUCUGUUACUGAAAAAAACCUGCAGCACUUAAGAGAUGUUACUUGGUGCACUUUUUCAAAGUUGUUUUUCUUUUGAAGGAUAAUAAGCUUUCACUGACGGCCUUCUUUACGAUGUAGUUCCAGCUUUGAUUCUAUGCACUAUAAAUUCAGUUUACGGUUAGAAAUAGCAAUUUUAGAUCAUUUAAUACUGUAAACAGUACUGAGUUUUAUAUCUACUUCCUGGCGCCUGAGCCGAUGAAAAAGCAAAACUGUGCAAUUUGACUUUACCUCUAAACGCUGGGCAUUGAAAUCACAUUAAGUUUUUCAGUUCUCAGAUUAGGUACAUUACACAUUAUGUAAUAGUGAUCUCUGAAUAGAUAUUAGGAAUGAAUAACAAAUUUUACAAUACUGUUUGUCAAGAUUGUGACAAUUUCAGUCAGAUGCUGUAAUUCAUAAUGAGCUAUGCAAGGGAAACAUUGUGUGUGUAUAGAUGAGUUUAAAAUUACAAGGAUUGUUUCCUGCAUUGUUACAUCCCCAAGGCAGUCUAGGGGUAUUGGAGGGAGGCUGUAACAACAGAUAAAAACAUGUAACAUGCAUUUAAAAAAAAUCCUCAAUUUACAAAUAUUUAGAAAUUAAGAAGGGAAAUUUGAUAACAAGAACUGCAGGCAGCUGAGAAUACUGUACUCCAGGCCAUCUAUUUAAAGGGGCAGUAUUAUGUAAAAUCGACUUUUUUGGGUUUUAUACCAUGUUCUAAUAUUAUUCCCUAAUCAAAAACAUACCCGGAGUUGAUUCUUUCAUUUAUUUUUGAGCAAUCCUUGAAUCUCAAGCGGCAGCCAAUCGGAUGUGCAAAACGCUUGGUCUCACUGAUCAAUGCCUUUUCCAUGCAGUCUCUCUUUGCAGCUGCAAUCUCCAAGCAGAACUUCCGCCUCACAGAGCUCCCAUCCCGUCUUAUUCCCCCACUCAGUUCCUCCAGACUAGUCAGCAGCAAUUAGCAAACACCUAGUGGAACUACUCAUCUACUGAGCUCAUCGUAGCAGCUACUUCACAAUGCACCGCUCCUAAUAUCGACAUUAAAGUCUUAAUGGAAGCACAUUGUUGUGAUGAUUCCCUAAAGACAGAGGAUCAGAAAGAUCCUUAACGAGGCAAAGGCCCAAUUUCAAGGUGUUAAAUUGCGAAGUCAAAUUUCUUUUAAGUCAUGUUUUAUAUAUUUAUAUAUAAAACAUGACUUACUUAAUUGUGCUACAAAAUUACACCCUACUCACAAAAUACAUAAUACUGCCCCUUUAAUAUGUCACCUCGUUUUUAUUUCCGUUUAUUCCAUUCAUGCAAAACUUUGCUACAAGUUUGGGUGUCAACAUCAGCAAUUAGCACAACUUUGUCGGGGGACGACUUGUCAGCAUUGAAAUAAAUGUCUUUACUGUGCUGACCAUUUUACACAUUUAAGCACGCAUUGUGUUCAUUAUGCAUAAAUACAUUUGCCAGACAUUUUAAUUAAUCAAAGCAAGAAAACUAGAAACUCCAAGUUCAAAUGCAGUAAAUUCAAACUGAGCCACAAUAUUUGCUAUAUUUUUAUUUGACCUUUCCUGAUAUGUUAAAAUGUCUGCCACAAAAAAAAAAAAAAGAUGACCUGCCUAGAAAAACAUUAUUCACAUGACAUUUUAACAUUUCUCAUUUUAAAAGGUUUUAGAAAUUGUAUUUUAGAAAUGUUUAUUUUUUGAUCAAUGUGACCUUGAGUCAUAUUUUUAGCCUUAGCUGAAAAGAAACGAACGUACAGUUUGUUUUGUUGCUGUUGUUCACAUUGUGGGGACUCAGAUCUGAUAUAUAAAGUUACUCUUCAUAUUCUGUUGUUUUUGGGCCAUGGGGGAAAUAAAAUAUGGACUGUCUGAAAUGUCCCUGCCUGUGGUCUUUCUGCAUGGAGAUUGCAUGCUUUUCCUGUAGCUGUGUUCUCUCUGGGUACUCCACAUUCCAUCCACAGUCCAUAAACAUGAUUGGUGGUUAUGGUUUUGAAUUCUCUAAAUCACCUUUAGACUGCAUGUGGUUCUGUGGUGGACUGGUAACCUGUCUAGGCCUCUUACUCAAAAACUGCUAGAGAAAGGCACCACUGCCCCACUGUGUGACCCUGCAAGGAUGAGUAGGUACAGCCAAUAGAUGUCUGGAUGAAUAUUUAUUUAACUCUGCAUCCAAGUCAGUGGACAGGACUGCAGUUUGUAGUCUGGUUGAAGAUUUCUAAUCAUGGUUCUUGUGUGUAAAAUCAUCACUGUCAGUAUUUUCAUGGUUGUGUAGCCAGAGCUACAUCUUAAACAAUUUCUUAGUAUAAUGCACAAAAUAACACUAUGCCAUCCAGAAAAAUAUAUAUAUAUAUAUAUAUAUAUAUAUUUUUUUUUAAAUAUACGAUUAAUGAUUUAGUCAGGAUUUAGGUUUUAAGAUAUAAAUCCUCCUGGACACAUCCAUUUACUAGUUUUGAGUCAUGAUCUGCACAUAAAUAUUGAUGCUUGACAGAUACCUGUCAUCUGUAGGCCAAUGAAACAGAGUUAUGCAAAUAGAAAACCAGCUGACCUAAGAGCUGAGUUUAUUGGUCCUCAUUGAGUCAGAGCACAGCUGAUUCCAUUUAAGGUGAUAAAGAGUGCAAAUAAAAGGCAAAGGAAAUUGCCAAGUGUUUUAACGAAGUCAUGUUGAUGUUCUAUUUUGUGCUUGUGGCCCAUUUGGCCACAUCAACUGUUUUUGCAGGCUCUCCUGUCUUUGUUAAUGGACGCUGGAUAACACAGUUGGAUAUCGAAGAGUAUUAUGGUGAUGAGGAACAUACUGCUAUACCAGAUGAAAGUGUGUUGCCUGACAACUCUUCAGAAGAUGGGCUGUUGCCUCUUGAAAUCUUCAAUUUGCAAACGACUCCAGAAUCUUCUCUCCUAUUGGGUGAAGAUUCUAAUGAAGUUCAUGACUCCAGAGUGUGGAAGACUGUGGUUGUAACAGCUGUAUUGCUGGUGUCUCUUGUAGGAUGUCUGGGCACAGUUUAUUACUUUUGCAUCUGGAGAGGAGGCAGGAUUCAUUAUAUGCCUCAGAAGACCUUUGCCUACAUAUAAAAUAAAGCAUCCUAUGGUUAAAAUUUUUAAA